AUAAACAAAAAUUUUUUCUAUAUUAUUAAAAAUCUCAAAUUAAUCCCAACUGAAAAUCAACGAAAACACUUUAAGUAAUAAUUCGGAAUUAUUCCGAUUUAAUUCAGCAACUCAAAUGUUCAAAAUAUGUAAAUUACAAAAACAAAAAUAGCCUAAACUAACGGGUUAUAAGUUUUUCUCAAUUUAAUUUGAUUAUUUUAACUAAAACCAUGAAGACACAAUAAAUUCCAUUAAAAAGUAUAAAAUUAAAUAAAUUUUUUAAUGGAAAAUAUUACGAUUUUAAAUUAAAAUUGAAAAAUAAUUAAUAAAAAGAAAUUUAUAAUUUAAUCUACACACACAAAUUUAUUAAGAACUAAAAAGUAUAAAAGACAAAAUAUUGGGUAAGGACUUGAAUUCAGAAAAGAAAAUGGAUGUUUACAAUAAAUCACUUCAACCACUUUCCGUAAUCGGCACUGGUACUUAUAGUCGUGUAAUAUUGUGUCGUCAUAAAAAAUAUAAGAAAAAUGUUUGCGUUAAACAAAUUUAUUUCAAUAUGGGACAAAAAACUUUAUUAAAUUUAAUAAAUAGUGAAGCAUUAAUAUUAUCUCAAUUAAAACAUCCAAGAAUUAUAAAAUUUUAUGAUUUUUAUAUACAAAAUAAUUUUGCACAUAUUGUUACGGAAUAUAUUUGUGGCGGAACAUUACAGAAAGCAAUCGAAUUAAGAAUAAAUAAACCAUUUAAUGAUGAAGAAAUUCGUAAUAUAUUUUGUGAUAUAUUAAUUGGUAUAGAAUAUUUACAUUCACGUGGUAUUGUACAUCGUGAUUUAAAACCAGAAAAUAUUUUAUUAGAUAUUAAUGGAAGACCAAAAAUUGCUGAUUUUGGAUUAUCAUUUUAUAUUGCACAAAACGUAUUGAAUAACAAUAAUAAUAAUAUGACGGAUAACAAUAAUAAUAAUAAUAAUGCAAAUCAAAGAAAUAAAAAUAAUAAUUAUAGCAAUAAAUAUUGUUUAGGUACACCAUUAUAUAUGGCACCAGAAAGUUUAAAUGGUAAAGAAUGUAAUUUUAAAUCUGAUAUGUGGUCAUUAGGUUGUAUACUUUAUGAAUUAUGUUCAUCAUAUAAUCCAUUUAUAAAAGCAAAAGAUGUUAAUGAAUUAAUAAGAAUGAUGACAAAUGAUGGACAAAAACUUGAGUGUGGUUGCAGUGGUGUUAGUAAUUGUAUAUCAUAUGAAAAAUUUCAGAAACGAGAAAUAACAUUACGUUAUAUAUGCGAUGGUAUGCUAACAAUAAAUCCAAAUGAAAGAUGGAAUAUAUCACAAAUAGUAUCAUGUCCAUGGAUUACAAUGCAUUAUUAUAAAUUAUAUUUUGACUAUGAAUAUUAAAUUUAAUUAAUUUUAAAUUUUAGUUCUGUAUGUGAUUAAUUAGUACCGCGUGUAAAAAUUAUUGAUAUACAAUUUUAUAUUGAGAUUUGUUAAAAUAAUUCAAUU